CUUUCUUGGCCAGGGCUGAAGAGUCAUCAUCGGACAUUAUAUAAGGCGCCUCCAUCCUUUCUCCCCUCACUGUUAAUCCAUUUUUCUCACGAGCCAUCUUCCACCCUCUCGGCCAACCAUACCAAACACGCCUCCUCCCCAUUUAUCCAUUUCCUCUGAUUUCCUUACACCACCAACACAAUAUUCUGGUCAGAACAGACGAUUAGCAGGCACCUCCAUUGCUUUCUCGUCCUAGUAUGGCGCAGAAAUCUUCACACACUCCCGUAGGGGAGACUGCCACACACGUUGUCCCCUAUCCCGCAGCGAAGGUCCCAUCAGAGGGCGGAAGUGGCCAUGAUGCCCACCAGCUAGAGGAAGGCCAUGUUCCUAUGCCUGAAGAGAUCCAAUACGACACCGCCAGGGUCGAGAAGAUCUACCGCAAGCUCGACUUUCGAAUCAUCCCCGCCUUCUGGGUCCUUUACUUCCUCUGCUCCGCCAUCCGUUCCAACAUCGGCAUUGCCCAGACCAUGAAUAAAAACGUCCACCACGACCUCGUCUCCGUCCUCGGCCUGACCCCGAGAGACCUGUCCACGGCCCUCGCCCUCUUCUACGUCGCCUACGUCCUCUUCGACCUGCCCUCAAACCUGAUCAUGAGCCGACUUUCUCCCCGCGCCUGGAUGGCUAGAAUCGUCUUCGCCGUGGGCAUCAUCGGUUGUUGCUUCACGGCCGUCAAAGCCCCCUGGAGCGUCAAAUUCCUCCGCUUCCUGCUCGGCUUCGUAAUUGCCGGCAUGUGGCCUGGCAUGUCCUACUACCUGACGCUCUUCUACCCGCCCAGCCGCACCGGCAAGAGAAUCGGCAUGUACUUCACCGCGGCGCAGUUGUCCGCGGCCGUGGUCGGCCUGGUGUCGGCUGGGUUCCAGGAGAUGGACGGCCUAAGGGGAUUGACAGGCUUUCAGUGGAUGUUCCUCGUCUAUGGGCUGCUGGGCAUCGUGUUGGGCAUUGCUCUGCUUUUCUGGUUGCCGGACCGGCCUUUGGCUCCGGGCGAGAAGAGGGUCAGACACAAGUAUUUGAGUUGGUUGCCGACGAGCCCCGAGGCGUUGACGGGCGAGGACGCCUUGAUUCAUUAUCAGGAUCUCAAGAGGGUGUAUCACUCCAGACCUUGGAACAUGAAGGAUCUGUGGUAUGUCUUGAUUGACUGGCGUAUGUGGCCCUUGGUGCUCAUGUACUUUGGAGUCGUGGGUGUUGGUAUUGGCACGCAGUUGUAUGGGAGCGUCAUCAUUGCUUCCAUCAACCCGAACUUCAGCGGCAUCACGGUUAGCUUGUUGUUUGCGCCUAUUUGGAUGAUGGACUUCCUCGCUAUCCUCAUCUCUACCCCACUCGCCGACCGCUUCCACAAAUACCGCUGGGUCUUCUUCUGUGCCGGUUGUGUCAUCCAAAUUGUUGGCCUCAUCAUUGUUACCUUUGCCCUCUCCAAUGACUGGGCCCGCUACGGUGGCCUGCUCAUCAUCGGCUUUGGUCUCGGUCCGACCGUGCCCAACUGCAUGGCCUGGACGAACGAGAUCUUUCAGAAGCGACAUGGCGAGGUUGGUGUGGCCGCUGCCUCAGCUCUGGUCUCCGGGCUUGGAAACUUGGGUUCCAUCACUACCACGUACGCACUGUAUACCGGAUGGCCUGAAGAUGCGAAAAAGGGACCUCAUCAGUACCGCAAGAGCAACUACACCAUGAUUGGCAUUCUUGCUGUAAGCAUUGCAAGCACUAUUCUCCUGGCGGUUCUGCUCAGAAUCUUUGGCACUGAGCCCAGCCGAAGGUUUGUGGCAAACAGUGGCAGCUCUGAUGGAGAAGAAAUCAUCGACGGUGCUGCGUUGCGCGAGAGGCAGAUGCGUGGAUUUGGUGGGGUGUUGGGGAGAAAGAAGAACUAAUCUCUUCCACUGAAGAGAAUGAGGAGUUGAACUUGCGGUCUCGUCAAACCAUCACCGCCGAACUCUCCACGGAAGCACAAAGGGUGAAGCUUUGUUGCUGUCACACACAACCACCAGAAAAGGGCUACAUCUGAUGUGGUUCACCUCCGUCGCACCGGUUUACUUUGCGACACUGACCUUUACGACAACUGUCGAACGGCACCUAUCCGUUCACGACACGAUUACACGACAAACUUCUUGCCUCACUAAUCAACGAUGAUGGGACCGAGGGAAAGUGACAAUGCUUCUACGCUAUUACUUUGUCUUGGCCCAUCCUCACUUCAACACGAGGCAAGAUGUUACCCUGAGAAAAUAAUGAAGAAAGAAAAGACGACAAACGCGAAUACGAAACGAGGGGGACGAACGAGAAAAAAAUGGUGGUUUGCUUUUCGGUUUCUUUUGGCUUAUUGUUAUGAUACCCCAUCCGUGUUUAAAUACGCUGUCGCCUUUGCCGAGUUUUACCAGGAUACCCUUUUCAUAUCUUCCUCAUCAAUAUCUCGACAGCGACAGUGCGCUAACGCCAUCGCUGGGACGGCGUGUUGGGACCGAGUACCUUGAUCCCGAAAGGGAGGCGGCGACAAUGCUUCUACGCUAUCGCCAAUGCCGGGUCUCGUGGGCGUUUUUGCUUUUGGUUUUGCUUUAUACACAUACAUGUACCCUUGCCUAGAAACAAAGGGAAGGAGAAGGAUCACAUGUUGGGCUGUUGAUUUACAGAUAGACAGUCAUUCUUUGGAUACUAGAUCCCAAUCAAUACAGCACUACUUUGCUGGAACUUUCAUCAGU